UCCGGGUUGAUGGGCAGCCCGGGAGGAGAGGGGAGUCCCUGCCAGACAAAGAUUCCCGGGGCGGGGCCCCUUCCCAGCUGACAUACGUGCGCGGCACGCCCUGUCGCCCACAGGGGAGAAGCCCCACCAAUGCGCCGUGUGCUGGCGAUCUUUCUCACUGCGCGACUACCUGCUGAAGCAUAUGGUCACACACACAGGCGUGCGCGCCUUCCAGUGCGCUGUCUGCGCCAAGCGCUUCACGCAGAAGAGCUCACUCAACGUGCACAUGCGCACGCACCGGCCCGAGCGCGCGCCCUGCCCCGCCUGCGGCAAGGUCUUCUCACACCGCGCGCUGCUCGAGCGCCACCUGGCCGCGCACCCUGCGCCCUGAUCCAGUUCUGGGCCUGGCUACGCCCACCACAGGAUUGACCACGAUCCCGCGCAGUAGGCCACCCUCUGCCGGGUUAGGGACGUCCCGUGGAACUAGGCCACAACCACCGCGGGACCGGUAACAUCCCUGCCUAGACGCCCGGACCACAUUCCCACCACCAAACCACACUUUCCCCAGAGCGCAGGCCUUCCCUCUGCUUCCACCCUUUCCCCCAGACCUGACCAGGGGUCCGGCCUGCCUUACUCCUCUCCUCCCUCGUACUUAGACCCUCCUGACGGUGGCAGGCUGGGGCUGGGUUUGGUCAGGGACCCGACCACCCCUGAGAACUGGAUCAUCUCCAGUCUAAACUCAGAGACCCUUGGGCCAGGCCCAAGAUUUGUGGCUUGAGUGGGGUGGGUUCUGGAGCUGCUCCUCUGCCCCAGUGUCGAGCUGGGCAUGAUCCCUGGCUCCCCACCGUACCCCUUCCUCAGUCUGGCGUCUAGGGGGCUCAGGUGGACCCAUCAUGGACUGGGACAGGGCCUUGGGACUCCCACUCUCUAAUAAAAUACUGGGGCCAUGGGUUCCAAACUCGGAAGCUGUGAGCUCCCAGACCCGUGCAUUUCUCAUCAUCACAGACUGGUUGUGGGCCUCGGGGCUCAGUGCCCCCGUCCCUGGGCAGCUAACCCUAACCUCCCAGGCUCCCUGGGCAGAGACAGGAUGAUCCACUUGGCCGCUCAUGCCUCUGUUCUCCAGGAGGAAGUGGGAUGCACAUAUGACUGGCACUUGACUCUUCUAGAGCCCUUCGUCCUAUGGGGAGAGGUACAGGCCAGCCCUGAGGUGCAUCUAGAAGAAAGAAGCCAUAUGUGGGAAAGAUGCAGACUUCGAGGCCCUUCCCGCUGGAAUCUCAAGGCCCUUUGGACUCUAGGCUUCCCCUCCCCCAACCUGAUGGGCAUGAUGGUUGAGCACCUUACUUUGGGGUGGUGGGGAAGGUGUCCAGGGAGUCUUUGAGGCCAGGCUGCCAUGUGGGGAUCUGAGCUCCAGGAUGCCUACCCUGGCGGGUAAGUUCUGAAGUGUAAGGCGGGGGGUGGGGCAAAAGGGGAGAAGCAGCCAGGACCCCUGGGCUGCUAACCAGGGGGCUGAAGGUACUGAUCCCUCGUAGCAAACCAGUGUCACGAGACUCCGCAUCAGUUCGGCUGCCAGCCCAGAAAGCAGCCACUCUUCUGCUUCCAGAGCAUUGGCGGCACCUGACCCUGGGCAUCCUGUCUUAAGGAUUUGGAGCAGGAGGAGAGGGGUUUGAACUGAAGACCUGCGGGCUCCCAGGUCAAUGGCACCGCCUCUCUGAGCUCCCCCUCUGUGACUGCCUCCCAGAGGUGAAGGGCUAAGGCUUUCCGGUCCAACCAUUGCCCACGUUCUGGGCGGGGGGAGUUUAGCCUCCUGAACCCCAUGGAUGCCAGGGGGUGGGGCAGACUCAGCCCAGCAUAUGGGAGGGGGUGGGGAUAUCAGAACUGGGUUUGAAUUUAGGCACUGAUUUUGUUCCUUCAACUAUUUGCGGAGUGCCAGGCACAUACCUGGCUAGAGGUAGGCACAGCGAAACAAGUCGGGUUAAAAAGGGCUGGGGGGUGGAGUCCUGAGGCCAGAAGCCUUGCUGUCAACACCUCCAGGGCCACUGUCAGGGGGUGGGGGUGGGGGCGGGACUAAGGGGUCAGAGAUCUGGGCCAGGCAGCCCCUGGCAGAAGUUACUAGCAGUCUGUGGACACUUCUCUGAGGAGGGAGCGGGCGCCAUGGGCAUCUGGCUGCGACUAGCCUUGUUACUGUUGGUGCUGUGGGCUCUGGGGCAGCCCCCGUGGCCUGCGGCUGUGGCCCUGGCACUGCGCUGGCUCCUGGGAGACUCCAUCUUCUGCGUGCUGCUUGGCCUGGCCCUGCUGGCGCAGCCCUGGCUCUGGCCCUGGAUGCCCCACUGGCUGAGUCUGGCAGCCGCGGCGCUCACACUGGCUCUGCUGCCCGCACGGCCGCCCCCAGGGCUGCGCUGGCUGCCUGCAGAUAUGGCCUAUAUUGCCAGGAUCCUCCGCCUGGGCCUGGUUGUCAGAGUGCGCAUGAGACGCCACCCGCCCGACACCUUUGUGGAUACCUUCGAGCGACGAGCACGAGCACAGCCGGGUCGCACGCCCUUGGUGUGGAAGGGGCCAGGGAGCCGCUCAGUCACCUUCAGGGAGCUGGACGACAGGGCAUGCCAGGCAGUGUGGGCCCUGAAGGCCGAGCUGGGCGGCCUCACAGGCUUGCUUGGCGGGGAGUCGGCUGCCCUCCUGGUGCUGGACGCCCAGACCAUUCCGGCCUUGGGUUUGUGGCUGGGAUUGGCCAAGCUGGGCUGCCCCGUGGCCUGGAUCAAUCCGCAUGGCCGGGGAGCACCCCUGGUGCACUCAGUGCUGAGCUCUGGGGCUCGGCUGCUGGUGGUGGACCCAGACCUCCGGGAGAACCUGGAAGAGGUACUUCCCAAGCUACAGGCAGAGAACAUCCGAUGCUUCUACCUCAGCCAUUCUUCCCCAACACCAGGAGUGGGGGCUCUGGGGCCUGCUCUUGAUGUUGCACCCACCGACCCUGUGCCCACUGACCUACGUGCUGGGAUCACACCACAGAGUCCUGCCCUGUUUAUCUACACCUCAGGGACCACUGGGCUCCCAAAGCCGGCCAUUGUCACGCAUGAGCGACUGCUGCAGAUGUGCAAGAUGCUGUCCCUGGGUGGGGUCACAGCUGAUGACGUGGUCUACACAGUCUUGCCUCUGUACCAUGUGAUGGGGUUUAUCCUUGGGGUCCUCAGCUGCCUGGAGCUCGGAGCAACCUGUGUCCUGGCCCCCAAGUUCUCUGCUUCCCGCUUCUGGGAUGACUGUCGGCUGCAUGGUGUGACUGUGAUCCUGUAUGUGGGUGAGGUCCUGCGGUACCUGUGUAACACUCCACAGCGACCAGAGGACCAGACACAUACAGUCCGCUUAGCAAUGGGCAAUGGACUCCGGGCAGAUGUGUGGAAGUCCUUCCAGCAGCGCUUUGGCCCCAUUCGGAUCUUGGAAAGCUAUGGCUCUACAGAAGGCAACAUUGGCUUCGUCAACUAUCCAGGGCGCUGUGGGGCCCUGGGCAAGAUAAGCUGCUUGCUUCGAAUGCUGUCCCCCUUUGAGCUUGUACAGUUCGACACGGAGGCCGAAGAGCCUGUCAGGGACAAUCAGGGAUUGUGUGUCCCUGUGGGGCCAGGGGAAGCGGGGCUUCUGUUGACCCAGGUCUUGAGCCACCAACCUUUCGUGGGCUACCGCGGGGCGCGAGAGCUGUCGGAACGAAAGUUGGUGCGGAAUGUGCGGCGCAGGGGUGACGUUUACUUCAACACCGGCGACGUGCUGACCAUGGACGAAGAAGGCUUCCUUUACUUUCGCGACCGCCUCGGGGACACCUUCCGAUGGAAAGGUGAGAACGUGUCCACGCGGGAGGUGGAGAGCGUUUUGUCACUCGUGGACUUCCUGCAGGAGGUGAACGUCUACGGUGUGUCUGUACCAGGUUGUGAGGGCAAGGUGGGCAUGGCUGCCGUGCAGCUGGUCCCCGGCCAGACCUUCGAUGGUCAGAGGAUGUACCAGCAUGUCCGCACUUGGCUCCCUGCCUAUGCUGCACCCCAUUUCAUCCGUAUCCAGGACACCCUGGCAAUCACAAGCACAUUCAAACUGGUGAAGUCACGUUUGGCGCGUGAGGGCUUCAAUGUAGGCAUCAUUGCUGAUCCCUUGUUCGUGUUGGACAACCAGGCCAAGGCCUUCCGGCCCCUCACGGUGGACGUGUACCAGGCUGUGUGCAAUGGAACCUGGAGACUCUGACUAUUUGGCCAGUCCACAGGACAUCUGAAGUGGUAGUGCCCAAUGCUGACUACCACUACCAUUUGCAGGUCACCUCCCCCCACCCCAAACCUGCUGAGGAUCAUCAUGAAUCCUAGCCCGGCUAUAAGCCCUGUUGCAGAGAGUGAGAUGAUGCUAGGCCCAGUAACGGAGUGAGAAUAAACUUGGAUGUAUACACAGAUGUCUAUAUGUGUAGGGGCCAAGGGCAGGUAGCCCCAAGAUGGGCCCCUUUGGCAUAAAGAUUAUUUUGUGUUAAAAGCAAUAAAA